AUGCGUCACAGGCAGCUACACACCCCUUCUCUGCUUCUCCUUCACACCCCUUCUCUGCUUCUCUCAUUCACACCCCUUCUCUGCUUCUCCUUCACACCCCUUCUCUGCUUCUCUCAUUCACACCCCUUCUCUGCUUCUCUCCUUCAUACCCCUUCUCUGCUUCUCUCCUUCACACCCCUUCUCUGCUUCUCUCCUUCACACCCCUUCUCUGCUUCUCUCCUUCACACCCCUUCUCUGCUUCUCUCCUUCACACCCCUUCUCUGCUUCUCUCCUUCACACCCCUUCUCUGCUUCUCUCCUUUGCUUCACACCCCUUCUCUGCUUCUCUCCUUUGCUUCACACCCCUUCUCUGCUUCUCUCCUUUGCUUCACACCCCUUCUUUGCUUCUCUCCUUUGCUUCACACCCCUUCUCUGCUUCUCUCCUUUGCUUCACACCCCUUCUCUGCUUCUCUCCUUUGCUUCACACCCCUUCUCUGCUUCUCCCCUUUGCUUCACACCCCUUCUCUCCUUCUCUCCUUUGCUUCACACCCCUUCUCUCCUUCUCUCCUCUGCUUCACACCCCUUUUGUACUUCUCUUCUUCACACCCCUUCUCUCCUCUGCUUCACACCCCUUAUCUCCUUCACACCCCUUCUGUACUUCUCGUUCACACCCCUUCUGUGCUUCUCUUCUUCACACCCCUUCUGUGCUUCUCUUCUUCACACCCCUUCUGUACUUCUCUUCUUCACACCCCUUCUGUACUUCUCUUCUUCACACCCCUUCUGUACUUCUCUUCUUCACACCCCUUCUGUACUUCUCUUCUUCACACCCCUUCUGUACUUCUCUUCUUCUCAUACCCCUUCUCUCCUUCAUACCCCUUAUCUCCUUCAUACCCCUUCUCUCCUUCAUACCCCUCUCUCCUUCAUACCCCUUCUCUCCUUCAUACCCCUUCUCUCCUUCAUACCCCUUCUCUCCUUCAUACCCCUUCUCUGCUGCUUCAUCCUUCUCUGCUGCUUCAUCCUUCUCUGCUGCUUCAUCCUUCUCUGCUACUUCAUCCUUCUCUGCUACUCCAUCCCUUAUCUCCCUUAG